CGCAGCCCCCGCCGUAGCCACCUCUUUACCCGCUGCUACCCCCUCUGAGUAGAAGAUGGCUGUGCCGCCCACGUAUGUUGACCUUGGCAAAUCUGCUAGGGAUGUCUUCACCAAGGGCUAUGGAUUUGGUUUAAUAAAACUUGAUUUGAAAACAAAAUCUGAAAACGGACUGGAAUUUACAAGCUCAGGCUCAGCCAACACUGAGACCAGCAAAGUGACAGGCAGUCUGGAAACCAAGUACAGAUGGACUGAAUAUGGGCUGACAUUUACGGAGAAAUGGAACACUGACAACACACUAGGCACUGAGAUUACCGUGGAAGACCAGCUUGCACACGGACUGAAGCUGACCUUUGACUCAUCCUUCUCACCUAACACUGGGAAAAAAAAUGCUAAAAUCAAGACAGGGUAUAAGCGAGAACAUAUCAACCUGGGCUGUGACGUGGAUUUUGACAUUGCCGGGCCUUCCAUCCGCGGUGCUGUGGUACUGGGUUAUGAGGGCUGGCUAGCAGGCUACCAGAUGAACUUUGAGACUGCCAAGUCCCGCGUGACCCAGAGCAACUUUGCAGUUGGUUAUAAGACUGAUGAAUUCCAGCUUCACACUAAUGUGAAUGAUGGGACAGAGUUUGGCGGCUCCAUUUACCAGAAAGUGAACAAGAAGUUGGAGACUGCUGUCAAUCUCGCAUGGACAGCAGGCAAUAGUAACACUCGCUUUGGAAUAGCAGCCAAGUAUCAGAUCGACCCUGAUGCCUGCUUCUCGGCAAAAGUGAACAAUUCCAGCCUGAUAGGUUUAGGAUACACUCAGACCCUAAAGCCAGGUAUCAAACUGACCCUAUCAGCUCUGCUGGAUGGCAAGAACGUCAAUGCCGGUGGCCACAAACUUGGUCUAGGACUGGAAUUUCAAGCAUAAAUGAAUACUGUACAAUCGUUUAAUUUUAAACUAUUUUGCAGCAUAGCUACCUUCAGAAUUUAGUGUACCUUUUAAUGUUGUAUGUCUGGGAUGCAAGUAUUGCUAAAUAUCAUGUUAGACCUCCAGGUUAAGGAUGAUUCAGCUUUAAAGUAUUACCCUUUCAGAGGUACAGAAGAAACCCAAUUCCAAAAAGGUCUUUCAGCUGUAGACUUUGGAGGGGGACUAGAGAUGUCAGGGUUUUUUUUUUUUUUUUUAUCUAGAAAUGGCUGCAAGUGGAAGCUGAUAAUAUGUAGGCACUUUGUAAAUCCAUAUUGAGCAAAUGAAUGAAAUUUUGACUUCCUGAGAAUUGAACCUUGCUUUCCUAACCCUGAGGAGAAGCCAUUGCUUGAUGGUGUGUACAAACUCAUCAGAAAGGGACUUUUUUAGACAGCUCUUCAUGACCUAUUUCCACCCCAGUUCAUCACCUCUUUACACCAAAAGUAGUCUGCAGGGUGUGGUAGCUGGGUGUUUUUUUCCCCCCUCCCUUUGGUGCCAUUUUGGAGAGGGUAGAUGUGAUGAAGCCAAUAAUUCAGGACUUUAAUUCCCUCUCGUGGUUUUGUGCCCUUGCACCAGAGUAUGAAAUCGCUUCUAAGAGCUCCAGCCACAAGCUGGGAAGAGUCUCUCUGACUGUAAUCACAUGGUGACAACACUCAAUCUAAUUUGGACUUGUGUUCACCACUCAAUUUUUUUUUUUUUAGUUGUUUAAUGGGUACAUUUUAGAGUCUUCCAUUUUGUGUGGAAUUAGAUCCUCCCCUUCAAUGCUGUAAUUAACAUUACUUAAAAUAAAACUUGAAUAAAAUAUUGAAACCUCAUCCUUCUAUUGUCUUUAUUAAUAAAGAUAUAAA